AUGGCCGGCGCUGUACGGUGCGGCGGCGACACUCUGCGAAUGAAGAGAGCGUCGGCGGAGUGGCUCAAAUCCACGGCACAGCGGUUGGCGCUCAGGAGAAGUGAGGAAGAGAGGAAAGGGGAUCGACAACCCUCGGCCGCGGCUUUAAUCGUGAGGAAUCCGUCACGUGCGACGGUUGUUUGCGGCGUUGUCCAAUGUGCAUAUGGUUAUAAAAUAAACAAUGCGAAACUAGUUUCAAAAGUGCACAAGUUAAGUCGUGAUGUCUUCCCUCAUGGAUUUGUAUUUGGCACUGCUUCAUCUGCUUAUCAAGUUGAGGGAGAGGCACACAAGGGUGGUCGAGGACCUAGCAUUUGGGACGCAUUUGUAAAAAUUCCAGGUUUCAUUCCAAAUAACGCAACGGGUGAUGUAACAGACGAUGAGUAUCAUCAUUAUAAGGAAGAUAUUGACAUCAUGAAGGAGCACAAUUUUGAUGCUUAUAGAUUCUCGAUCUCUUGGAGUAGAAUUUUCCCAAAUGGAACUGGAACCAUUAAUUGGGAAGGUGUUGAUUAUUAUGAUAGGUUAAUUGAUAAUUUAAUACUCAAAGGUAUUAUUCCAUAUGUCAAUCUCUAUCACUACGAUCUUCCAUUGGCACUCCAAAAUGAGUACUUGGGUUGGUUGAGUCCGAAGAUAGUGGAUGCAUUUUCGGAUUAUGCUGACUUUUGCUUUAAGAGAUACGGUGAUAGAGUGAAAAAUUGGUUCACAUUUAAUGAGCCAAGAGUGGUGGCAGCUCUAGGUUAUGAUACUGGUUCUCAUGCCCCUGGAAGAGCUACUGGUAGCAAAUUUGGAGGAAACUCAUCUACGGAGCCUUAUAUUGUGGCUCAUAAUCUCAUCUUAUCUCAUGCUGCAGCAGUUAAUAGAUAUCGUGAGAAGUACCAAAAAGAGCAACAAGGAAAAAUUGGAAUUCUUCUGGAUUUUGUUUGGUACGAGCCUCACACUUACUCUGACAAUGAUAAAGCUGCUGCUCAAAGAGCUAAUGAUUUUCAUGUGGGAUGGUUCAUUCACCCUCUAACAUAUGGAUACUAUCCUCAAUCUAUUCAAGAUAUUGUUAAAGAAAGAUUGCCAAAAUUUACUAAUGAUGAAGUGGAGCUAGUCAGAGGUUCAUAUGACUAUUUGGGAAUUAAUCAAUACACAACCUAUUAUGUUAAGGAUAAUAGUACAAUGAAUCCUAAACCUAUUAGUUAUCAAGAUGAUUGGCUCGUUGAAUUUAAAUAUGAUCGAAAUGGGGUACCAAUUGGACCAAGGGCUCAUUCUGAUUGGCUCUACAUAGUUCCGUGGGGAUUGUAUAAGGCAGUGACAUAUGUUAAGGAAAACUAUGGCAAUCCAAUUAUCUUUCUAUCUGAAAAUGGCAUGGAUCAACCCGGCAAUGUCACGCUUCCAAAAGGCUUACAAGAUACUCAAAGGAGACAUUUUUAUCAUAACUACAUUAUUGAACUAAAGAGAGCUAUCGAUGAUGGUGCUUCAGUGAUUGGGUACUUUGUAUGGUCUCUUCUUGAUAACUUUGAAUGGAGACUAGGAUACACAUCAAGAUUUGGUAUUGUCUAUGUUGACUUUAAGAAUAAUAAGCGCUUCCCGAAGGAAUCAGCUCGUUGGUUUAAGAAGAUUCUUCAGCGGAGUUAA